UGGUUUUAUGGUCAAAUAGGGGCUAAAGAUUGCCUAAAACUGUCGCAGUGAAGACCUUUAUUAUUCGAAACACUGCAUCAAGACGCGUUGUAGUGGGUACUUUUCUCGGUUUCUUAUAGGUCCAUCGUUUUGAAUUUCGAUCACCUGAUUUUCCGCAGUCGUAUUGCUUUGACGUACGCAAGCGUUUUCGUUCUUUAGAGUCAUUUUAGUGUUAGUUUGUGAGGAGUGUGGUGUUUUUACAUGGCCACGAGAAUGAAUCAGGGCGCGGGUGAUGGUUCAAUUACCGAAUUUUGGAAUGGAACGAUUUUUGAAAAUGAAACGAAAAAUGAACUACAAAAAAACGGUUAUAAUGGUCAUUUAAUUAAUGUAUGCAAGGAAUAUCCAAGAAAUAUGGUACAUAUCAUGAACGGGCACACUUAUCUGAAUGGGCACACAUCAUUUAGUUCUGUUACCAAAGACAUUAUUGAAAGUAAUGGUAGGAUUUUAGUGGAAGAUGGUACAUUAAAGGCAAAUCGCAAUACUACUAUAACACCAACUAAUAUUACCAAACUGUCUGUGAUAGAGUCAGACAAGUUUAAGUUAAAAGAGUCCUUUGAAAAGCCUUCUCUUAUAAUAACUGCUAUUAUACAUAUAAGUUUUUACAUAUUGAUGUUCCUCGGAUAUUUGAGUCAGAUGUUGUUUCCACCAAAAGUUGUCAAAGAAAAAAGUAGAGAAGGUUAUCCGCCCUUGUAUGAUAGAUUUUCUAGUUUCUAUUCUAGAUAUGUAUAUAGGAGAGUGCGUGAUUGCUGGAACUACCCCAUUUGCAGUGUUCCAGGUGCAGAAGUGACCCUCAAGGAUCGAAUUACGAGAGACAAUGGAUGGACUUUUGAAUUUACUGGAACUCAAACUAAGUGUAUCAAUUUGGGCUCAUACAAUUACUUGGGUUUCGCACAAGCAACUGGACCAUGCGCAGAAUAUACCAUUAAAAUUUUACACGAAUAUGGCUUAUCUACAGGUGCUACAAGGCAAAAUCAUGGCACUUGUAAAGUUCAUAUUGAACUUGAAAAGCUUAUGGCAGAAUUUUUGGGCGUCGACGACGCCAUAACAGUUGGCAUGGGUUUCGCCACCAACUCCUUAAACAUUCCUACCCUUUUUGCUCCAGGUUGUCUCGUAUUAAGCGAUGAAAAGAACCAUGCAUCCCUUAUAUUGGGUAUUAGAUUAUCAGGCGCUUCAGUUAAAGUUUUUCGCCAUAAUAAUAUGGUUCAUUUGGAAAAGUUGCUCCGCGAACAAAUUUACAAAGGGCAACCGGAUCAACCCAAUAACGAAUACAAACCUUGGAAUAAGAUCUUUAUUGUAGUAGAGGGGAUUUACAGUAUGGAAGGUUCGAUUGUAAAUUUACCCAAAGUUAUUGCCCUUAAAAAGAAAUACAAGGCUUACUUGUAUCUAGACGAAGCCCAUAGCAUCGGAGCUAUGGGUAGCACUGGUAGAGGCGUGGUUGACUACUUCGGCUGCAAUCCCAAAGAUGUCGACAUACUUAUGGGAACGUUUACGAAAAGUUUUGGAUCUGCUGGCGGAUAUAUUGCGGGGCGAAAGGAGUUAGUAACGUACUUGAGAAAGUAUAGUUAUGCCUCAAAGUACGCUACGGCCAUGUCACCACCCUUAGCCGCACAAAUUAUUGCUGUUUUAAGAAUAUUGAUGGGUAAAGAUGGAACAGACGAGGGUAAAAAUCGAAUGGAUGCACUGGCAAGAAACACUCGGUAUUUUAGGAAGAGACUGGCACAAAUCGGUGUGAUCACUUAUGGUAAUGAAGACUCGCCAGUAGUACCAAUUCUUGUGUAUUAUUAUUCUAAGAUAGCGGCAAUGGUGCGAACGCUUAUAAAGAAUAAGAUAGCCACUGUAGGGGUGGGUUAUCCUGCUACACCCCUUCUUCAAGGCAGAAUACGAAUAUGUUUAUCAGCCGCACACACUAAAGAACAGCUGGAUUACGCACUAGAUGCAAUAGCAACAGUGGCAGAUGAAUUAGGUUUGAAAUACUCGAGGUUACCAAAAGACCUCGCACCAAUCGUUUAUGAAGAAACCUAAACGUUUAUCCUAACCUAAUUCUAUCAUACCUCAUACAGCUUCAUCGUGUUCACUCACGUUCCUUUAUCCCUCUUGUGGCCAUAGAAGAAAAUAGAACAGAACAGCCGUCUAAAAACAAACAAAGCAAGAUAUCAAUAAUUUAUUUAUUUUUGUCUUAUUAUUACCACAACAUGUAUUAUAUACAAUAUUUAUUUUUUGUUUUAGACUGCAUUAUCUAUGAUUAUUGUAUUAUGGUGUUUGUUGUUCAAGUGUUUUUGAUUGUUUUUUCCAAUUCUUUUUUUUUUCUGGUCAUCUUUGUUUUUCCAAUUACAUUUUUUAUCACAACCCCUCUGUUGCACCAAAGAAAAGAAAUUUUGGUCUCAUUGACUAUUAGAACAAUUCCAGAUAAAUAAUUCUUUGCAAUUUUGAGUAAAAUUUAUUAUGAAUAGUAACAAUUCAGUGCAAUUAGUUGAAAAGUUAUCAAUAAUUGUUAAGAGAUUCAUGCCUACUUAAUUGUUAUAACUACUAGUACAGUGCGGCUUGUUACGCUUCUUGUUGUUGCUUUAGAUUUUAAACAAAUUUCAGAAUUGCAAAGGUACCUCUUAUUAAAACUGGUUAGAACAGCUUAUUAUUAAAAAAAA